AUGAAAAUCACAUGCCACUACUACGAAAUCUGGGUGUACAGCCAGGAUUUCCUCCAGGAGGGGACCAAACUUACAGGGGUCCAAGGUCAGCCAGUAUGUGGCACAUGUCAAACAGGCCAGCCACCGAGGUCCCAUCACUGCAGCAAAUGCAGGCAGUGUGUUGACAAGAGGGACCACCACUGUCUCUUCACAGGCUGCUGCGUGGGCAGACAGAACCACCGGUACUUUAUCUGCGGGAUUCUGGCAGUGUUCGUUGGCUCCCUGUACGGCAUCAUCUACGAGUGGGACAUGGUGCUGGAGGCCGCCGGAGGGUAUUCGCUAUGGCUGCCGCUGCAGUUGUCUGCUCCCCACCUGCUGUGGCCUUUUGGUCUGCUUGACGGAUGGGGUCUGCUGGUCUGCGUGCACAACAUGCUGGGUCUGUCCGUGCUCGUCAACGCCGGGCUUCUCGUGUAUCUGCAACUCUCCGCUCUGCGGCGGGGACAAACUCAGUUCGAGCGGAAACGCGGCAUCACUCUGUAUGACCGAGGUCUGCGCCAGAACCUGCGGAAUGUUCUGGGCGAGCGCUGGCUGGUGGCACUGUUUUGGCCGUUCGCCGACUCGCCUCUGCCAGCUGUGGAGGAAACGACGGAAGAUGGCGGUGUCGGCGCGGGGAAGGCGGAUAUAGGUGACGAUGAAUGCAGUGAAGCAAGUGGUGAGCGGUUGGUGGGUGAUGACCGUGAUGACCAAAUGCUUACAAAGAGACUCACUAGGCGUCCUUCGACCGAUUGAGGUGACCUAUCAAUGGGCUGUGAACAUCUCCAUCGCGGCAACUAUAUUACGUUGUUUUCUUGACGGAGGACCGCUGUUAUCGUGGAUUUAUCUUGCCUAGAAUACCAUGGAAAUGGGACCAAUUGCCAUGCGGCUGGUUAUCGAUUAUGAAUCGGGAGGGGGAAGGGAGGUACGAUUUGCGUGCGAUUUUUCAUUGGCUGUGCUCGCUGCCAUAUAUCAUGCUUUACAUCGAGGUAGCAAUUCGUAAUGCUUAGUUUGCAUCUAUUGGGGCAGCAGUCUGCACCAGUCAUGCCAUUUUGAUUAUACUGAGUUCAACGUAUGCUAUAGAGAUCAUUGAUUAGCUUAUUUUGUAUCCCUUGCCAACUACGCCUGCCAAGUGCCAUUACUGAUGACGAUAUUCGACCAUAUUGCGUAUUAUACAAACGUGCAUUUGCCUUUCUCAUAUCAUUUGAUGGCAACUGUGAGUUUUUUUCGCGCGUUCAUUUGCAUUACAAUUUAAUAUACCCAUUACUUAACAGUGCCAACUUGCGAUGGUCAUAGGUCUGUUUGCUAUUUUUUUUUUCGUAUACCAUCAGGCCUAGUUGCAUGCAUAAUGCAUAUAGCAAAUGCCAAUGUUGUUCGUGCCAUCCGGUGUUUUAUGUGAAUACGAGUAGUGUUGAAAAUAAAUGUGACUGCUUUUA